ACAGUCGACUUAUAAAAUAGCAUAAAACUUUACAAAAGCAAAAAACUGGUCAUUAAAUCUCCUUCGUUUUUGUUUUUAGUUUUCAGUGGUUCCAAUAUAUGUCAAACUUUAAAACAUUUUACUUAAUAGCCAUUUCCUUUGACCGAAAUAGUCUUUGCAGAGAUCUGCAUUUGAUGGUCAUCUUUCGAAGCACGUUGCCAAGCAACGAAAAGUGAAAACCUAACGGCCUUUGGACUCAACUACAGUUUCAACAUGAAGAUAAGCCAGCAAUCCUGCAAAAGCUUUCCACAUAAACACAGCUUUCAGAAGACAUCCAACAAGUCUUCAUGUCAUUCAGCCAAUGCUGUCCACAACUGCAAACCGUCAUGCAGCAGCAGCAUGAUUACAGAUGUGCAUUGCAACUCAUCACAUAAAGUAAGGCGUCUUAAAACCAGGAAGGAAAGGAAUCAGAUUCGAGGUCAGGAGAGAAACCGGUCUCACGCAUACAAUCAGCACAGUAGAAAGGAUGGCGGUAAGAAAGCACAGUGCCACCACAUCCAUCCACUGUCGUGUUCAAGAAAAGAGAGCACAUUCUUCGCUAAGCCGUUAAUUCCCCGAAAGCCAAGCAUAAUAACUGAAGGACGCCUUACCGCCAUCCGAGGCCUUUUCAGCCAUGAGGUUAGGUCGAUAGAUAUUGAGAGGCUGGUGAGCGACCAAAUAAAGAAAGAUAAGCAGAAAAAUGAGCAAAGAAAACAGUCUAUGACGCACAUUACAUCACCGCUAUCUCCUCCAGUAACGUUACCUAAUUCAGACCAGGACUGCGCUCUCGAUUUACAGGAACCACUCCAGGAACAAGAAAACAAUAUGCCGCCACAUGUGAAGAGGAAGAAGAGUUCAAGAAAGGAGCUUAUUGGAAAAAGCACUGGUAUUCGGACUAAUAGAGGAGACGCAGGGCCUAUGGGAUUAAUUAGAGAAGAUGGGAAGUAUGACAGAAAUGCCGACAUCAGGAAAGUAGAUACUAGUAACAAAACAAGGCAAGAUAGUCCAAGUAGACCAAGAGAAACUGAACACAUGGUUUUGUCAUCCUUAGAAAAUGACCCGGUUCUUCAGUUAUGCUCUACUCCAGUUGAAACCAAUGAUAAUAAUUCUGAAAUUUCACAAACAGACAUCAAAUCCCAUGAUGAAGCAUAUCAAGAAAAUGGCAUUAUGAAGAGUCAAAUAUUUGAGAAAACUUCUACAAUGAUGGAAUUCCAAAACAUGGAAGCUCCACAAAUGUUGGAAAAUCUGCAAACUUUAACCUCUCUAUCUGAACUGGACCCUGGGGCUGGUCAAUUGGCAGAUAGUGUCAAGCAGAGGGAGCAAAUGUCAAAUUCUUGUAGGAAAGCAGUGAAAAGGCUGGCAAAGCGUUUGUGUCAGGCUUCAGAGCUCCAUGUACCAAGCCAUCGGUGUCCCCUGCUGGCCGAGUGUAGAGAGGUGCUAAUGCAGACUUUACAAAAAAGACAUGGCUUCCAGUUAGAGCACAACCUGUAUAGGCUACACUCAUUCUUGAAUGGGAAACAAGCUGCCUCUCAGCUCAGCUCAGGACAGAGUCAUAAAGAUUGUUCAUCUUUUAGCUACGCAGUGGAGAACGAGGAAAGGUGUUACAGCAGGAACAUGGAGAUUUGGCCAGACAGUGCCAUACAGCACGAUUACGUAGCAGAGGAAUUUAGGCUGGACUUGAACAGAGGAGCUUCCACCAAGAAACAAAGGAUACAAGAGUGGAACACAUCUUUCCCUCCAUUCUCUCUAGAAGAACCACAACAGUCACACACAGACAUGUCUUUGCAGUUUGACCAGGAUUGCUUCAGAGCUCAGCAUCAUCCCAGCAGACACCUCUUUAACCAGAGCCAGACCUUUACCCAGCAUGCCGUCCCUUUACUCAGAGCCCCCACCUGGCUUGAUCAUUCUGUGAACUCCUAUUCCCAGCAGCAGACACUGAGCACAGGGAAGAGUUUGAAAAGUAUACAUUUAGAUCCCUCCAGAAUCUCUCAACAGUGUCCAGAAGAGCCAUAUUUUGGAGGAUCCAGAUUCUGGUCCCCUCAGCAGCGAGUUCAGGAUGAAAGAGAAAGAUGGGCUCCCUUUUCAUUCUCAGCUUCCUAUCUCUCAGAGGGCUUUAAGUCCGAGCCCUUUUUUCAGUGUCCACGUCCAUCUAACACAUCCAGGUCAGACUGGCUUGGUUUGACUCAGUGUCCCAGGUCAAACACACCAUUUUACCCUCCUUUUUACCUGUAGAAAAGACUGUUUGCCAUGGCUAAU